AUGGCUGACGCGACAGCACGUGCGCACGUGGCCAGCCCUACAGCCCUAACUGCCGAUCCCGAAAAUGUCCCUGGGACAGAAACAGAAUACAUCAGCAACGACGCUAUCAACCGCAGAGCAGGUCUAAACAAGCGCGAGGCGCGCAAGCAAAAGAGAGCCCAACAGUCGCUACCCACACCACCUGACACAUCCUCCGAGACUGAAACGUCCACGCGCAAACCACCCAAAGCCCGCAAACCUCGUCUAUCGCCUCCACGGACCUCGGCAGACAACGCAGCAAAGACAUCGAUACCCCAAUUCCUCGCUACUACAAUGCCGCCCGGGAACCCCAUUCCUCUGCUCAUCUGCAGUAUUGGCAACCCAGGCCCCACCUACGCCAACACGCUGCACUCUGCCGGCCACAUCAUAACCUCGUACAUCGCCGGUCGGAAAUCCUACCAGCCCUUUACAAAGGGGCUCUCCGGCCUGGUGUCUCGACCAGACAACACCACGUUCUCGCUGUCGCUGCUCAAAGGGUACACCAAGACACAAGGCGGGCCCCCUGAAGACGACUGGACCUUUUGGCAGAGUCUGAGCCUGAUGAAUGUCAGCGGCGUCGGCGUCAAGAAGGCCUAUGCAGCGUGGUUGGCCGAGUUAAGACGGCGCACCACGCCUGCUGCUGAGGGCAGGCUGGUUGUCGUGCACGAUGAGCUGGAGUCUGCGCUGGGGAAAGUCUCGGUCAGAGAGAGCGGCGCGAGUGCGAGAGGGCACAAUGGGUUGAAGAGCUGUCAGCAGCAGCUGAGUGGCGUCAAGUGGUGGAGGGUUGGCGUCGGGAUAGGGCGGCCGGAGAGCAGGGAUCCGAAUGUGGUCAGUCGCUACGUGUUGGGGAAAAUGAGGGGGGAGGAGAGGAGUGGGCUGGAGAGAGCGGCGCCGGGGGUUGUCGAUGCGCUGAGGGUGAUUGCUGAGAAAUAA